AUGGCCUGGGAUGACAUGCAGGAGCUGGCGCCUCGGACCGCCCGUUCAACCUACACCCAUCGAAUCCUCGGGAUGCAGCUCGAAGCCAGGAGAAGAAUUCGGAAGCAAUACGGCCAGCCGGAAUUCGAUGGCGACACCGGAAAUGAGGGCGUCGACGAGAACCUGCUCCAAUUUGAUGGUGGUCAACAGUGUAGUUGGAUCCGAGAAGAGCCGGAAAUGAGCGAAACGAAAGGGAAAGUGGCCAUUGUUGGGUGCGGGUUGAUCGGCUCCUGCUGGGGCGCCAUGUUCGCCUCGGCCGGGUACUCGGUAGCGGUCUAUGAGAUCAACGACUCAUUGGCCCAAGCGGGUGUUGGACGGAUACGCGGGAAUCUCAAUACUAUGCAGAAAGAGCAACUUAGCCGGGGUAAGUAUACGAUUGAAGAAGCUAUGGCCCAGGUCACGAGAACGGUCGAUUUGGCCGAGGCGCUACAUGGCGCAAUUUAUGUACAGGAAUCCACAAUGGAGAGCGAAACCUUCAAAAAAGAUAUCUUCUCCAAAAUGGAUGCCAUCGCCGGACCGGAAACGAUUCUGGCAAGCAGUACAUCUACCAUUCCCGCAUCGACCUUCACGGAGACGCUCAAGAAUCGAAGCCGCUGCCUUGUCGUCCAUCCCGUCAACCCGCCACUAUACCUCAGCUUGACGGAGGUGGUUCCAGCUCCCUGGACAGACGAGAUCAGCGUCGCAAAGACGGUAGAGCUGAUGAAGGACAUUGGCCAGACCCCCGUUCGUCUGAAUCGAGAAGUGCUCGGCUUUGCUGUGAAUCGACUUCAAUAUGCCUUGCUCGCUGAAGCUUGGCGACUAGUGAAAGACGGGGUAUUGGACCCGGAAGAUGUAGAUAAGGUAAUGAGCGAGGGACUAGGACCUCGCUACGCCUUCCAGGGACCCCUACAAACGAUUCAUCUAAACGCGUUAGGUGUCGAAGACUACUGCAACCGUUAUGCAGCCGGAAUCCGCCGUGUCCUGGCGGAUAUGGGCCCGACUCCCAGCUUUGAAGAGCCAGAAGUGAUCGAAAAAAUCUCGCUGAGCAUGCGCACCAGCGUGCCAGACCAUCCCUCCGCCCUCGAGCAGCGCAAAACGAAUCUCGCCCGACUUGCCAAGCUGAAAAGAGAA